UGAAUGCUGGUGAACAGUCACUCAUGAUGUUUUCAAUUGGGCUUCUGGUAGAACCAAACCUCUGCUUGGGCUACAGUUUGGUGUAUCACUGAAACCAGAAGGCCAGAAGGCCAGAAUAUGUUGGUUAGCAUGAAGCUAUGUGACUAAGCAGCCAUGUCAGAAAUCAAAACAUGGGCUUUUUGGAGGGCAGUCCUGGCUGAGUUCCUGGGGAUGGUCAUCUUCAUCUUCAUCGGCCUCUCAGCUGCAAUAGGAGACCGAAACAAUUCUUACCCCGACCAGGAGAUUAAAGUGGCGUUUGCCUUUGGCUUGGCCAUUGCCACAUUAGCUCAGUGUCUAGGUCACAUUAGCGGUGCCCACCUGAAUCCUGCCGUCACACUGGGCUUCCUGGCCAGCUGUGAGAUGAGUAUUCUCAGAGCCCUUUUCUACAUCAUCUCCCAGAUUUUGGGAGCUCUGGCUGGCAGUGCCAUUGUGUAUGGUAUCAGGCCAGAAACAACACAUUCACUUGGUGUUAACAAGCUAAAUGGAAUCAGCCCGUGUCAAGGUUUUGGUGUAGAAUUCCUCCUCACCCUUCAGUUGGUCCUGUGUGUGAUUGCGGUCACUGACAAGAGACGUGAUUUCCACGGAUUUGCACCUCUGGCGAUCGGAUUGUCUGUAGUACUGGGACACCUUGCAGGGAUCAGCUUCACGGGAUGCGGUAUUAACCCAGCUCGAUCCUUGGGGCCGGCAGUUAUACAGAAGUCAUUUAGUGAUCAUUGGGUGUACUGGGUGGGACCAAUGAGUGCCAGUGUGGUGGCGGCUCCUCUGUACAAUUAUCUUCUGGCACCCGGAGAUGAACCAUUCAGUGUAAAAAUAAAAGCCCUGUUCUGCUGUGGCUCAACACAGGAUAAUGAAAUUCGUGAGCCCCUUCUAGAGGAUAUUUGAGAGUGGAAAUUACUACUGUAUACGGCUGAUUUUUGUAUCAAAUAAAAU